AUGCUAUCCAACUCCACCAUCAUGAACGUGUUUAGACCAGCAAUUAAGGGACCUGCUUCUGUCUCGGCUUCGUCAUUCCUGUUGACCUCUGUGAGAACCAAGAGAACUACUGCAAAGUCAUCUGGGACCACGGGUGUAUCUCCACAGGUACAAAGGGUCACUACUCAAUUGAGUGUACUCUCUGCACGUAAGAAACAACCCAAGAUGUUGAAAUUAUGCCCUGAAGAUCUUAUCAAGCAUCAAACAAUCGAGAACUGUUGGAUACAGUAUCAAAGGGAUGUAAGGAACAGAAGGAGUAAGACGUUGGAGAAACAAUUCAAGAGUAUAAAGACCGCAAUGAAUACGUUACAAGAAGUGAAUCCCGUGUUAUUCAAGUUGGCAUCAGAGGCUACCACGACGGCAACAGAAGAGAGGAGGUUCCCGCUCGAAUACAGAAUCCCAACAGACUUCCCUCCAAAUAAGGACAAGGUCUGGUGCCAUAAUUACACAUCACCAACCACCAAGAACAAUUGA